GUCAGCAGCAGCGAUCCUCCACCAUUUCGCUGCGUAACGUCUCCUCCCCGCGACCGCUACAUUCUGCGCCGAAACCCAGUCUCUCCCGGUCCGGAUUUUAACUUCUUCCCACAGACCUAGGGGUACCUCGUUGGGUACCGAGAGACAGUUUGGAUUACUGGCAUCACGGAUUGAGUACGAUUUUACGCGGAUGACGACUCCUUCAACGAGAAUUUAGUAAAAGAAAAUCGGUCGGAAAUUUCAGAAAAUAUGGAAGGCAUUCUAAUUUCAGCAUCCUGGAAGUAGAAAGCACAGAAGACCUGUGUCUCUCACCACGAACAGGUGCCGUGUGUAGCCGGAGCAGCCCAGAGGAAGAAAAAUCUGGGGAGGAGGCGGAGCGGCAGCACGCCUCUCCGGCUGUGGAUGUGCUGGGUAGCAACCCCCAGGCUGCACAGAAUGUGGCUGGGGAGUCACCUCGGCAUGCCCCGCAGCCGGUUGCAGCUGCCCCCCGCCCAGUCCCUCCACUCACAUGUUCGUCCACUGUGUCGCUGCCGAACAGCUGCAACUCUGCGUUACCUGGCAUGGAGAACACAGCUCCCAAGACCUUGCCGGGGACUCCCCCCAGCAGCAACCUUAAGGACUUCGUUUCACAAGAGGUCCCUUCUGAGGAGAGCAUCGCCGGACUUGCAAGAUCUUUGCCAACAUCACUGUCUGAGGACUGCAGUUCCUCUGCUGACAUGCAAAGACUUCAAUCAUCCUUCUGUCCUCCUCUCAAGUCGCAGAUUGACAGCACACUGCAAGAGAUUCAAUACGGGUCACAAACUAUUAAAGAGGAAAGCCUUGCAAACAGUCAGGCAAACCAGAUUCAGUCGCCUGGAGAAAGUGUGGAACCUGUGGUUGUUGCAGAAACAGAGAAGGAACGGUCCAUUGUGGAAUAUAAAACAGAGACUGGAAUACAUGUUGAACUUGGUGGAAAAGAGCAUACAGGAGCAGAGAUUCUCUUUCGACCCCAGUCUCAAAUCUGUUUCACAGUCUCAUCUUCCUCCGUUCCCCAAUCAAGCAUUGGUUUUAAAAUACAAGAGUCUGGAGAAAGUAGAGUUAUUGAGCAGUCUGACAUGGUUCCACUUGUCUCAACAAGUCAGUGCAGCCAGAAACUUCUAUCAUGUGAUGCAGAGUCAGCAGGUUGCCUCCAGGUCUCAGAGUCUGCACUCUCACUUUAUUCAACUGGUAAUACAGAGAUUAAACACUCUGACCAGUCAAAAACCCAGCCUACAACCAUCAAAGACAUUUCAGAAAAAGCAAACUCUUUGGAAUCAGUUGAGACCUUCAAGUACGCUAAAUUGCAACCUCCUUCAGCUGAAAUGUUUGAGACCUCAAAGGCUGCAGAGCCCUCACAUGGAUUAUACUCUUCUGCUAGAAACAAAAUCUCAGCAUCCACCUGCAGUCCCCCUGAAGCAGAACAAGUGGAUGGCAACUCAAAGGAUGAACUAGUGGACUCAGCCCCCUCCUUCUUCACAAUGCUGCCGGAGUUCUCUUCUACGAAAGAGAGCUCCUCAAAUCCCACUACAGGGUGCCCUCUAUCUGACACAAGCCUACUAGUCUCACUGCAGUCAGGGGAGGUUGUUGGAGCAGAAACAUCUCAUAUCGCAAAUCAUUCCCUGUCAACAGAAACUUCAUUGAUUGCUAAGAUCGUGCACACUGGCGAUGCUCAAGAAAUUGUGGUUGUUGGAGAGGAGGCUCAUAUUAGUGGAGACUGGUCCAAUAUGCAUCUGAAUCAGAAUUACCUCCUGCAACGAGAGGACGGCAGUGUCUGCGAGGCUGCUAUUGUUAACGAGCUAUCAACUGGGGAACCAAAGUUGUAUGAAGAAAGUAUUCAGGCAGGUAUCGAGCUGGGUUCUCAACCAGUGGAGGUGUAUGAAUUAUGUGGCUUGGUGGAGGAGGUUGCAGAGGAAACGGUCUGCGUCGGCAGUGGCGUGCCGAUACCUCACUCUCCAGGAUACGAGGUGAAUUUAUUCAACGCCUUAUUGGAAAACACUGACGAGGACUUCGAACCAACUAUUCAUACAGUUGGUGAAAAUGACACCAUCAUAAUUUCCCAACAGCCUUUGCCUUCAUCUGGUGACGAUUCCCAUAAUUUGUCCAUACAGAAUGCAGGAGUAGCUGCUGUGGGACACCAUUUAGUUCUAAAUUCCAACCAAGCGGUUGAAGUGGCACACUCAAGUGAAGUUUGUUUAGUUCAAGUAACUGCCGUUACAUCUGACUCAUUCACUGUUGAACAGACAGGCACCACAACACAAACUGGGACGCCCUGUUCACAAGUCAGUGCAGCACAGUCAGAGUUAAUGGAGGUGAGUGAUUCAGCUGCAGUUCAAACUGUUUAUCCAAAGCAAGAAGCAGAAAUAACAGCUGGUUCCUUAUCCCUCCUGUCCCCACUGGUCACUAGUGUAGACACAGGGAUACAGUCGCCUACUGCUGUCUCUUUACACAUUUCUUGUGUAGAAAAUCAGACUUCAGGAUUCACUGUUGUAAGUGCCAUCAAUCCUGAUGUCUGCCCUAAUGAAGGAACCAAAGUUUCUCCUCCUUUGACUCAGUCACAGAGUAUUCAGAAUAUUGUCGUAGACAGCAAACCAGAGGUAUUCUGCACCACUUACUCCACUGGUGUUUUAAGUCCAAAGCUGCUUCUGCUGAAACCUGGAGAAGCUCCUCUUCUGAAACAUCCCCCCUCCCUCUUUGCAAAAAUGUCUAAACAACCGAAUGCAGACAGCAAGUUGACCCAUGCUCACGGAUCUUUGUCUGGCACAGUAUCUGAGGACGGCCUUCCCCCAACUGUCUCAACAGCAGAGCCUCUCCCUGCACCUCCAUCUCUCUGCAGCUUGAACGAUCAGACCCAGAUGUCUGUCAGUAAAAUGUCUGAGGUAGCAGCUCCUGUAGAAGUUCAGCAGCUGGCUUUGAGUGGGACAACCUCACGUCAGUUUGGGCAGACUGAUUCAGUCACCCCCACAGCUUCAACAGUCACAUCUGAGGGCUCACCUUUACUCAACACAUCAUCAAGCAAUGAAGAUCUCACUCCUCAAACUGUUGCAGUACCCCUUGAAACCACCCCAGUUGCUACAUCUCAUGCAAAAGACACGCUUAUGGCUGCAGAGAAAGAGGAACCAAUCGUCAGUCUGUCCACCAAUCCCAGUGACUCCAACAGCUACCCGGAUGAUGUAGAGGAAGAGAGUGAUGAUAUGGAUCAGGACGAUCCGGUGGAAGAAGGUGAGGUCCAUGAGGACAUCUCGGGACAGGUUAGCAGUGCAGAGGAGGACAGUGAUGAUGAGCCAGAUCCCGACAGAAACGAGAUGACUACUCCAAGCUCCUCACACAAGCAUGGACAGAGCAGGACAGACAAACAGGCACUGUUCCUGAAGGUGCGUCGGUGGAUUGCGGAUAGAGUCACCAUCAAUUCCUCUCCUGCCUCACCCUCCACCUCCUCCUCGUCCUCCUUGCUCGGUCCCUCGUCCACCUCUGACUGGGCAUCAUCCCGGCGGGAGAAGUCGUCGCCUCUCAGAGGUCCCCAUGGCCAGUUUGUUUCUCCUUCCUCUAUCGGCUACACUUCCUCCUCCUCCUCCCCACCUGACCAGACCAACCCUCAGCGGUCCCGUGGAGAACGUCUCACUGACAUGGCAGAGUUGGCCAAGCACGAAGCAGAUAUUGAACAUCGAUCUCAGGCUCUAAAACGAGAAGGUUUCUGGUCAAUGAAGCGUCUCACUCGUCUAACGGAGCCACCGCGACCCAAAGUUCACUGGGAUUACUUGUGUGAGGAGAUGCAGUGGCUCUCUGCUGACUUUGCUCAAGAGAGGCGGUGGAAGAGAGGGGUGGCGAGAAAGGUGGUACGAAUGGUGAUGCGCCACCACGAGGACCUGAGGCAAAAAGAAGAGAAAGCCAAAAGAGAUGAGCAUGCCAAAAUCAGGAGAGUAGCUUCUUCUAUUGCAAAGGAAGUGCGGGCGUUCUGGAGCAACGUAGAGAAGGUGGUACAGUUCAAGCAGCAGUCCCGACUGGAGGAGAAGCGGAAGAAGGCUCUGGACCUUCAGCUCGACUUCAUUGUUGGUCAAACCGAGAAAUACUCGGACCUCCUCAGUAAAUCCUUGGCACCCGUCAGGCCUGCUGAAACCACUGUGUCACCACAAAAGUCUCUGCCACCUCCCGUUGAUGAGGAAGACCGAGACUUUGAGCCUUUGUGUGAAGAGGAUGAUGAUGAAGAGACCAUAGAAGUGGAGGAGCAGCAGGAGGGCAACGAUGCAGAGAGCCAUCAGAGGGAGAUUGAACUGCUGAAGGAAGAGGGCACGCUGCCUCUGGACCAGCUGCUCAGCACGCUUAAGCUCCCACCUCCAGAGGACUCCGGCUCAGAUGAUGAAGGCUCCAAUGAAUCAUCAUCUUCUUCAGAGGAGGAAGAGGAAGACCGGGAGUUCACUGCUAACGAUGAGGAUGCUGAGGAUGAGGAAGACACUAUAGCAGCCCAAGAAAGGGUAGAAGGAAAUGUCAAUCAUGCUGAAGAACUGGAUGACCUGGCUAAAGAGGGAGAUUUAAGUCUGGAAGAGCUACUGGAGAAGUACAAAGGAGCUUAUGCAUCAGACUUCGAGGCUCCUUCUGCUUCUGUGUCUAAAGGAAGCUCUGAUUCUGAGGUGUCUGGGGACGAGGAGGUGGAGAAUGAAGAAGACGAGUGUGAUGUGGAGAGCAACUCUUCUUCCUCCGAUUCAGCUGGAGACAGUGCAGAUGAUGAGACCGACAAUGAUGAUGGGGAGUGUGAUGAAGAGGAUAAUGAGUGUGAAGAUGAAGGGAUGGAGCUUCUGCUGAAAGAGGGGGGCCUCAGUCCGCCUUCCUCCAGCUCUCGGCCAAAGAAAGAGAUCAGCCAUAUAGCUGCGACUGCAGAGAGCCUCCAGCCUAAAGGUUACACUCUGGCUACCACAAAGGUCAAGACCCCCAUCCCGUUCCUGCUACAUGGCACACUGCGAGAAUACCAGCACAUCGGGCUGGACUGGCUAGUCACCAUGUAUGAGAAGAAACUCAACGGGAUUCUGGCUGAUGAGAUGGGUCUGGGUAAAACCAUCCAGACCAUCGCUCUGCUGGCUCACCUCGCUUGUGAAAAAGGAAACUGGGGUCCCCAUCUUAUUAUUGUUCCCACUAGUGUGAUGCUAAACUGGGAGAUGGAGCUGAAGCGCUGGUGUCCAGGCUUUAAAAUCCUCACCUACUUUGGCAGUCAAAAGGAGAGAAAGCUGAAGAGACAGGGCUGGACAAAACCUAAUGCCUUCCAUGUGUGCAUAACUUCCUACAAGCUGGUUCUGCAGGAUCAUCAGGCCUUCAGACGAAAGUCUUGGCGCUAUUUGAUCCUCGACGAGGCUCAGAACAUUAAAAACUUCAAGUCACAGCGAUGGCAGAGCCUGCUGAACUUCAACAGCCACCGGCGACUGCUGUUGACAGGAACCCCUCUGCAGAACAGCCUAAUGGAGCUCUGGUCACUCAUGCACUUCCUGAUGCCCCACGUCUUCCAGUCUCACCGCGAAUUCAAGGAGUGGUUUUCCAACCCGCUGACGGGAAUGAUCGAGGGGAGUCAGGAGUACAACGAGGGCCUGGUGAAGAGGCUCCACAAGGUGCUGAGACCAUUUCUGCUCAGGAGGAUCAAGGCAGACGUCGAGAAGCAGAUGCCCAAGAAAUACGAGCAUGUGGUUCGCUGUCGCCUCUCCAAGAGGCAGAGGUUUCUCUAUGACGACUUCAUGGCUCAAGCCUCGACUCGGGAAACACUGGCCAGCGGUCACUUCAUGUCUGUGAUUAACAUCCUCAUGCAGCUCCGUAAGGUGUGCAACCAUCCUAACCUGUUUGACCCUCGUCCAAUCCAGUCGCCCUUCAUUACGCAGCCCAUUAUUUUCCGCACAGCCUCCCUGGUGCAGGACGCUCUGGAUGUUCCUCCUCUAAAGCGCUGCGAUCUUUCCAUGUUUGAUUUUGUUGGCUUGGAGAGUCGCGUGUCCCGUUACCAGGCAGAUGCCUUUCUACCUCGCCACAAGGUCAGCCGCCAGCUAAUCCAGGAGAUAGUGGAGUCUCCUGAACCCCCUCCGAGACCUAAACCGGUCCGCAUGAAAGUCAACAGAACGUUUCAACCACCUCCCAAAGGUGAUAAUCGAUCCGUUGUGCUGAUGAACAAACCCACCUGCUCAGUUCCGCCUGCAGCUCAGACCCCUAAAUCCCCUCCGGUCUCCGAGAUCUCCUCAGCUCCAGCACCUCCUCCUGCAGUUCAGCAAGUGGUGUGUUCUGUGGCCUCCAUACCCCCACCUCGCCUUCUGGUGAAUCCUGCUCCUCAAACAGCUGUGAGAUCCAGCACCCCAAAACCAGUGUUGACUGUGAGACCUCCCAGUGUUCCUGGUGCAGCCAGUGUUCCAGCUCACCCAAGUCCAAACCCCGGCAGCAUCAUGCCCCAGCGAGUUUUACUCAGUCCUGACAUGCAAGCAAGGCUGCCUUCGGGUGAGGUGGUGAGCAUUGCCCAGCUGGCCUCUUUAGCAGGGCGACCGGUGUCAUCGUGUCAGGGUAGCAAACCCGUCACCUUCCAGCUUCAAGGAAACAAACUGACUCUGUCUGGAGCUCAUAUCCACAAAGUCCCAGCAGCUGUCCCACGCCCUGUUCAAGGUAAUGUGAUGCACCUGGUGUCUAGUGGGGUGCAGCAUCACCUCAUCAGCCAGCCUGCUCAACUGACUGUGCAGACAACAACCAGUGCACAUGCUGCAAACACACCUGCUGCUUCUUCUGUAAACAAGCUGCCACUCAGUGCCUCACCUCAAGUAUCCUCUUCUAUGGUGAGCAGCCCUGGAGUGGUGAAGAUCGUUGUACGUCAGUCAGCAGGCAAGGAGGGCGGACCCGUGCCCACGCUGGCAGUGGCCCCUUCCCCACGUGUUGCUCCCCAGGCACCAGCCCCAUCCCUGCACCCACACACUAACACUACACCUGUCAGAAACACAGUGCCGCUACAAAUUGCCCCACGCACACCUGGUCCUGCUACUGCCCACUACACCAUAGCUCCUCCCAGACACCCAGGUUCAACCCCAAACCAGCCCCAAGCCCCCCGUCCUGUUCUCAAAGUAGUGCAGCCACCUCCACCCAGUACAGUGCAGCCAGUUCCACCUCAAGCAGCUGCAUCUGUGUCCAAGUCCUCAGCAGCACCACGGGACAGUACCAGCAGCUGUCAAACACCAGUUUCCACAAAGUCGAAGCCCACUGUGCGUCCAAAACCUAAACCUCCACCCAGGAGGCUACCCCGUCCACCUCCUCGCUCACCUUUCUAUGUGCCAUGGCUAUCUGAAAGCCUCAAACAGCAGCACCAGAGCCGACUGGAUUUCAUCUGUCAGGUCAACGAACGCCGAUGUGGAGCAAAACCUGUGUAUGGUCGAGAGGUUCUGGACUUUCUGACUUUUCUUCCCGGUCCUGAUCCAUCCCCGGCAAUGCCGAAGGUUGCCGGGGAGUGGAGCCGCUCAGGCCACAGCAGCUGUUUGUUCACAUGUUGGCAAAACAGGAACAACCACUGGUUUCAGAGUUCUGCUUUAAGUGGAGCCAUCAACGGCAUCGAGGAAAGACUGGAGCUCCUCAGUGAAAUAAUAGACCGGUUUGUUUUUGCGAUUCCUCCUGUGGAGGCUCCUCGGAUCUCCAUGCACUGCUGCCAUCCUUCGCCAUCUCUAAGCCACAAACAGGCAGUCUUCUCCUCUGUGCUAUCAGCUCAGGUCGCUCCGCUCACCUGCAGCCUCCACCGCAUCCAUUGCAACAUGAGGACUCAGUUCCCUGACCUGAGACUAAUUCAGUAUGAUUGUGGUAAACUUCAGACUCUCCACACUUUGCUAAGAAAACUGAAGUCUGGAGGCCACAGAGUGCUGAUCUUCACUCAGAUGACGCGUAUGUUAGAUGUGUUGGAGCAAUUUCUCAACUACCACGGGCACAUCUACCUCCGUCUGGAUGGCAGCACCCGAGUGGAGCAGAGACAGGCCCUGAUGGAGCGCUUCAAUGCAGAUAGACGCAUCUUCUGCUUCAUUUUGUCUACUCGAAGUGGGGGUGUUGGAGUUAAUCUGACGGGGGCUGACACUGUAGUCUUCUACGACAGCGACUGGAAUCCCACCAUGGACGCCCAGGCACAAGACCGCUGCCACCGUAUCGGUCAGACCCGAGAUGUCCACAUCUACAGGUUGAUCAGUGAGCGUACAGUGGAGGAAAACAUCCUGAAGAAGGCCAACCAGAAGAGGAUGCUGGGAGAUAUGGCCAUCGAAGGAGGAAACUUCACCACAGCUUUCUUCAAAGAGCAAACCAUUCGAGAGCUGUUUGAUGUGAACGACGGAGAGAAGAGAGAGGUGGCUGUGGAGCUAUCGGUGCCUCAAGCUGAUGAAGAGGAAGGUGUCAACAAGCAGAACACCACCAUCCUGGAGCAGGCACUGUGUCGGGCAGAGGAUGAGGAGGACAUUGUGGCAGCUUCUCAGGCUAAAGCGGAGCAGGUGGCUGAACUGGCAGAGUUUAAUGAGAACAUACCGCUGGAUGACGGAGGAGAGCAGGAGGAGGUGGAGGAGCUCUCUAAGGCCGAGCAGGAAAUAGCUGCUUUGGUGGAACAGCUCACUCCCAUUGAACGAUACGCCAUGAACUUCCUUGAAGCCUCUUUAGAAGACGUCUGCAAAGAGGAGCUGAAGCAGGCUGAGGAGCAGGUAGAAGCUGCCAGGAAAGGCCUGGACCAGGCCAAGGAGGAAGGUCUCCUGCUCCACCCUUCAUCGGAUGUAGACGAUGACGACUUCUUAUCAAUCCCCACAUCUUCUGAGCCCGCUCAGCCAGCUCCUGCUCGUCGUGGACGUAAACCCAAGGACAAGACGCUCACCUCCACAAGGACAAGUGGUCGACUUCGUGGCGCGUCACCUGAAACAGAGCCUGAGCCAAAAGAAGUGCCUGAAAGACUUCGCAGUAGUCUGAGAGGACGAGGUGCUGGUGCUGUGUCGACCCCUCGCACAGAUCAUAAAACCUCCUCAGCAAACAGAGUUCAAGAUUCAUCAAAACCUUCAAAGGGUUUGUCUCCUGCCAGAGAUCAGCAGGCCAUAAAAACCCGGACUCAGCCAACUCGCUCCCAUCACAGCCCAGUGCCUUCGCCGUCUACGAGCGUUCCUCCUGCAGGGAAACAACAUGCUGGGGAGCCUGACGGCAGGAACUUCAAAACGGGCAGAGAGGAGAAGGAGAGGAGAAUGUCUGAGUCCUCUCUGGACUCCAGCUGUGCAGCAGACCAUCUGAACAAGGACUACGAUGAGAAAGAGCACAGCUCCAGAUCUCCUCGCAAGCGUCAGUCAGCCGACGGCGAGGUGCUACGGGGCCUGAUGGACGACUCCCCAUCAGCCAAAGUCUUGCGGAAGCUUCCAGGGAGGCUGGUCACUGUGGUGGAGGAAAAGGAGCCCCAGAGGAGGAGACAGAGGGGGGGUGGAACUGGAGGCUCUACAGAGGAGGCAACAAUGAAGGAGAAUGUUGCUGAAAAUGCUGAAGAACCAAACCAAGACAACACCCCACAGAGUCCUGAUGGAAAGACUAAAGUGACUGUUGAUGGAUCUCCUCAGGAUCAAGAGUCCACCCCGAGUUCUGCUGUCCACCCACAGCUGGUCCGAGGCUACCCUCCGUACUCCCCCCCACAUCUGUCCCCUGACAUGCCCGUUCUCAGAAACCUCCCCGUGCGACGCAGGCUCGAGACAGAAUCCCGCAUGGCCGCUCAGCUUGGAGAACAGCAGCAGCUCUCUUUGGGCCGAGGACGAGGAGCAACCUUAUCUAAGAAGGUAGACCCCUCUCCAGGCAAAGACAACUCCUCAGCUUCCACAGUAUCCAGCGGGAUUUCCUCCAUGAUGCCUCUGAAAAGAAAGCGGGGCCGUCCCCCGAAGACUCCUUCUAGUGUACUUGAGACUGACAGCAGUGUGAUUCCUUCACCCUCCUUACCAGGAGAAGAAAAGAACCCCCCUCUGUCCCCAAAACGUAAGAGGGGCCGUCCCCGUAAAGACACCACAGCCACAGCAGACGCUGUUAGUGAAGCACAGAGCUCUGACACUAAAACAGAACAGGGAGUCCCAUCAGAGACUCAGGCAGCACAUCAAGACGCUCAGUCCACCAAAGCUGGAGAAACGACGAACGUUUCAUCUCUUGAUCCAGUUCCAGCUCAGACGUCUGAAACAAACUUGGAUCAAACUCUCACACCUGUCUCUGCUCCACCCUGCACACCACCUACCCCCCAGCUGUCUUCACCCCUUCCUGUUCCUGCCUUCACCACAGCAUCCACAAGCUCUGCUCCACCCCCAGGUCAGCACACAUCCCCCCUAGGUACUUUAGAAUCAUCUGUCCCAGGGUCCACGUGUCCCACUGUUACUGUCGCCACUUCAGUUCCACCCAGUUCAUCAGCCUCUGAGAGACAAACUACAGUUGUUUCCACAAGUGCUGCAGAGCCAGAUUCCUCUUCAGUAUCUGUAAAAUCCACAGAACCAGAAUCUAAACCCGCCACAGAUGCUAGCCCCCGACCAGCUGUGUCACCCUCAGCAGAGCCUUCUACAACCAUAACAGCUACAGUAGCACCACAAACACAAAGUGUUCACACUACAGAGGAAUCAGAACAUUCUGCUUCUUCCACCUCACUAACUGGAAGCUCCACUACUCUAAUUGGUCCGGAGGUUACAGCCACAACUUUGACUCCAGUAGAAACAACCGAUGCCGACCCAUUAGACAACACGUCAGUAAAAACAGAACAAACAAGUUUGUUAAACCCAACUGUGUCUGAUGAGGCGUCUGCUGCACCACCUGAAGAAACAACAGCUACACCUCCUGAGCAACAUGAGACUCCAUCAGCUAAAGAACAGACUAAUAGGACCACAGUAGUUCCAGCAUCACCACCACCACCAGAUACAGCUGCUGAGGAUUCAUCAGAGCUCGAGAAGUCUUCAGUAGCGUCUCCUGCUCCACCCAGUCCAACCACACUGUCUGUCAGUGAUGCAGCUGCUCUGCCAACUCCAACAGAACAAGUCCAACGAGCUUCUUCCACCUCCACCUCCACUAUCCACACUCCAAUAGCAGUAGCAACCUCUACAGAAGCUCCUUUAACAGUUGACGCAACAUCGCCCCCGGAACAACCACAUACAAAGACAACAAACAUAGCAGCUACACAAAUAACCGCAGAGACCUCUGAGGUCACCUGUCCACAGGAACAGAACCCACCUUCCACCCAUGGUUCAGAGGAGACGUCAGAACCAGCUCCUGCAGAGGCUCUGCCUUCUGCCGCCACACCUGCUGAUUUAUCUGAAACUGAAUCUAUACAGCGGGUAACUAAGCACCAGUCUGAGGAAGAGAUGUUUGUUGAUGCUGUGGAAAAAUCUAACGAAGUGGCGAUAAAGCCCAGUGUGUUUGAGUCCCAGACUAAACGAAGAAGAGAGGAGAGUUUGUCUGAGACAAAAGAGUCCAGCAAAGAUGGAGAAGGAGAGACAAAAGCUAUUCAUCAGGAAGUUAAGCGAGAAAAUCAAGAUCAGAAGAGACCCCUCAGCCGCCAGAGUAGUCAGGAGUCUGUGCGCUCAUCUUCACCAUCAUCUGGGAGCUCUUCAUCAACCCUCACCCGGCACGCUCACCAUAAGAAGACUUACGAGAACAGACAUCCUGUCAAGAGAAGGCGGGUGGACGUCACCUCUGAGGGAAAGACUGAGGAGAAAGAAGAAGAUGGGGCAAAGAAAAGGGAAGGUGAAGAAAUGGAGACCAUUCCUGUGCCAUCCCACAGGAAGCGGUCAAGGUCAUCCUCUUCCUCCUCUGACUCGGACAGCAGUGAGAGCAGGAAGCGUCUGACGCGCUCUGCCAAACGCCGGCUCCAGGAUGAGGAGAAGGAAAAGGGCAACAAGGCCCGGAAGGGAGAGAAACCUGUACGCAGUUCAGACAGGAAUGCCUCACACAACACCACCUCUACGGGAGGGGAGUCUGGAAGCGACACGUCCUCCGUUAGGAUCAUCAGGAAAUCUGCAGGAUCUCAGUCAUCACAGGACAGUAAAUCACAGACCAACAAUACACCCCCGCUGCCUCCUGAGCCUGAGGUUCUGGGGAAAAGGUGCUCAGCUCUGAAUGCUGCUGCCAAGCUGUUAGCAAUGAAAGGUAGGGUGGAUACUCCAGGUCACACAACUCGGAAAGAUCCUGGAGCCAAGUCUGCGGCUUCCUUUGACAAGAUCCAAAAGCCCAAACAUGUCCUGCCUCAGAGUAAUUCUGUAAAUUCCAAUAACGAUAAGAGCAAGAGUAUCAAACCUUCAACACCUGAGCAGACGAGCCGCCCUGCAGCUCGCUCCACCAGACAGUGUCCGGGCGCGCUGGUUCCUCCUCUAGAAAUCGAGUACAAGAGACCCAAAGUGGAGGACAAGGACAGCAGCAGUAAGUUGAGAGGAAAAGAAGCAGAGACGGAGACGAGGUCUUCAUCACGAGGCCACAGUGCCUGCAGCAGCAUGAGCAGCGACGGUGAGGGCGACUGCGGCGGGCGCAGGAGCAGGAGUCGCAGCAGCAGCAACAGCAGCCAGCACACCCUCAGCCUCAGCUCCCAGAAUACAGAGCGCCGGGGUUCCCGGGCUGCCUCCUCUGGCAGUGAGCGAGACAGGGACCGCAGCCCUGAGCACGGCAAGAGCCACAGUAAACAGGACAAGCGGAACCAGAAGGAAAGCAGGAGGGGCCAGAAGCUCUCGCAGGAGGUUUCCAGUAGUUCGGGAACAGAGGGGACACCGGACAGAGUGCUGAGGAGUGUCGCAGCACUUGCAGCAGUGCAGGCCCGCUCACCAGCUGCAAGCACCCGCUCCUCCUCCAAUCAACAACGCAACAAGACAUGAUCGGAGUGCCAAAGAGAAACAAACCGAAGCGAGGGUGUUGCAGAGAGCAUGUCCUGACCUCUGAGGCUGCUGCACGGGAAGCAAGCCCUGCAGAAGUCUGACACGGAGCUGGUCUCCUCUCUAGCUCAGAGACUGACAGCAGGGUGGAAGCGCCGGAAUACUGGACUGACUGUAAACAUGCAGGCUGAGGCGCUGCAGGGGAUCAGUCCUCCAUCAGGGGCCGAGGCCAGCAAGUUCCCAUGAUGCUCUGUAAUUAUUAGAGACUGGAACCCUGAAAUGGGACUUUACUGCUCCUCUGGUCAGAGCAACACAUGGAGUCAUUUGUGUGACAUUUAAACCUAUGAGUGAUGAGUUGUCUUGUAAGUGGGAGGGUCUAGAAGGUUUGCUUUUGCAAAGCUUCAUCAACUGUCCUGAUUUUGGUUCGGUGGAGUCAGUUAAGUUAUGCAUAUUUUUGAUUUCUUCCAUGACAGAACAAGAACAGGUCAGUGUGCUGGGCCCCCUUUUCAUGUCAUUUCUGUUCAGAGGAUUGAGUUCAAAUCCAGCCUUGAAUUUCUCAUUUUUGCACAUUCAGAAGAAAAACUGUGCCCUCUGCUUAGUGAGCUCGUUACAGUGUAGCGACACAUUUGUCAGUUAAAUGAUCCUUAGUGUCUUGCAGUGUUCACCUGGUUUAAAAAAAAAGGAAUGGUCUUACAACUGGUCUCCAGAGACAAUAGAUCUUCUCUCCAAUCUUCCACAGACCGCUGAAGUCAUGUAUUUAUGCUGGAAAGGAAAGUGUGUGGAGGAACAGUGCCUCUUUGGCUUAAUGGUUUCCAGCCUGCCGUUGCCUUGAGAAGCAUCCAGUGUGGCAGUGUUGAGCCUCGUUUUAUAAAAACUAAAUCCAUCAAAAACCCAACAAAACACGUCUAUUAGUGCUGGUUUGUGCCACCUGAUGUUUUUCAUUAUGAGUUUCUUGGUUCAUGUAGAAAAUAAAAUCCUGGGACAAAAUCUGUGAAUAAAGUGGCCGCUUCAGCUCCAGGUGACUGUAAAUUGAUUUAAUUUUGGCAGGAGUAGCUGGUUCCUGGUGAUGGUCUUUUGUUUGAUUUGGUGCAUUCCUUUGACCCCUUGUAAUUCCACAUUGUUUUACUUGAAAAAUUAAGACAAUUACAGUUGAAUAAAAAGAGUGAUUUUU